GGAGCCCGGGUAACCGUGGCGAUGUCCGAGCUGCCGCCGCCUUACGUUUAAUGCCUGCCGUCUACCCCCGGCGCACCCGAACGCGGUCGCGCUGCGGGCUGCCGGGCUCAGCUGCUGCUCUCAUUGCCGGGCUCUUGCGAGGGGAGAGGAGAAACAGAAAGCUUGAGAUAGAGAAACAGGAAAGUUUCAGCUUGAGAUAAGGGAAAGACGAGGUGCACUGACGUGGCCGGUCUGGGUUUGGAAACCUGUUCUUUGAGGAAGAAAACCAAGAGGCGCUGCUGCCCGGAGGCUGCACGAAGUGGGGGAAAAUCUCAUCACCAACUUAACGGCCUCACCGAAUAACGUUCCUCAAGUGAAAAGUCCCGCAGACGCUGAGUGCCAAAGCAAUACGAGAGGUUUUGUAGCCUGGAUCACGAGGCGGGUCGUUACCUCCUCUUUCUCCUGAUUGCAGGCUUCUUUCGGGGAGAGCCGGCAGUGCAGGACGCGCUGUGCUCUGGGGCGGCACUGAGAGCUGAAACCUUUCUUUGAGCUGCUCUGAGGGGACGGACGGCAGCAAAGCGCUGCGUGGGGCUGGGCUGCAGUUACUGCGGGAAGAGCCGCUCUUGUAAUCCUGCAGCUCUUUCGUUCUUGUGUGUGUUCGCUUGUUUUAUUAACGAACCGCCGCUUUGAUAAAUGUUAGAGUCCAGUACUUGCCACCAGUCUUUCCUUUUGAAGCAUUUGGAAGCAGCAAUUGAGAGUGGGCUUUAAGAAGACAGAACUUGGCUGUUUCUGCCUCUGCCAUCAGCUCUUUUGUGCCUGUUUAUUUCAGUCAUAUACAAUGUCUGCUCCUAGUGGCUUUCCUGCCCCGUCUGCACCUCCUUCAUAUGAGGAGACAGUAGGAAUCAAUGUGAACUAUCCUCAUCCCUACCCUGUCCCAGAACCUGGCCUCAGACCAGGUGGGAAGGGAAUGAACCCUCCCCAGAACACAGCACAGCCCAUGCCAACAAGCAGCCCUGUUACAGUUCAGACGGUGUAUGUGCACCAGCCGGUGGUGGUGUUCUACGACCGCCCAGUUCAGAUGAGUUGCCCUUCCUGUAGCCAGAUGAUCGUGACGCGUCUCUGCUACGAGCCAGGAGCGCUGACCUGGCUGUCAUGUGGUGGCCUCUGCCUGCUGGGGUGCAUAGCUGGCUGUUGCUUAAUUCCCUUUUGCAUUGACGCUCUGAAAGAUGUGGAACACUUCUGUCCAAAUUGCAAUGCCCACGUUGGUUCUUACAAGCGUCUGUAGGCAGUGUGUGAGCACUAAGAGUUGAUCAGCACCUCUCGAAGCCCUUACUGAAGCUUCAUAAUUUUUUUUCUGUCAUGUCACUGGAAACCAAUAAAAAUUAAUGUUUGUUGCCAGAUUGUUUGAAUAAGAAUUUGCUAAGAAUUAAUGAUUCUGACUCAGGUCUUUCUAGGGCUCGAUGGACUGCUCAGUCCUGCACCAGGUGGUGGCUGCUAAUUGUUUGCCCCUUUCUGCCUUAUGCAAAACAGGUUGGUGAUGUUGGUGCAGUUAAUCUUAACUCAGUUGUGUUGCACACUGUGUGCUUGAUUUACAGUCUUGGCACAGACCACAAGGAGAAUGUCUGCAGAGGACUGCAUAGCCUCGUGCUUGAUGUUGAUGCUAGUGCAACAGCAAAGUUCACAAACUGGCAUGUUUCUUGCCUCUCACGUAGGUGCCCCUCUGAAGAAGGAAGUAGUUUGGUCCCCACUGUUAUCAGUUGGUUACUUUUUUAUGAGCACUAAAAUUAACUUCAGAACUUUCUGUGAAAGACAACCAAACUUAGAGGCUUCUUCCUUCUUGGAAGCUGCAUUACCAAAUGGACAACUCAGGUUAUUGUGCAUCACUGGUGAUUGAAUGUAGUACCUGAAUUUCCUUGCUAAUUUUCAGCCUACUUGUAUCUUUUAUUGCAGUAAAGUUGCCUACUCAGAAAUUUUUAAUAGAUAUUUCUUCAUUUUUUUCUUUUUUUUUCUGCUGAUUUAUUAGACUAAUUUUCCAAAUAAAAGGUAACUUCUGUUCUCAGAAACCUAAGCUGUAUGUGAUGGUGAACACAAAAAUUAAAGUGACACUCUGAAGGUUGAAGAAUUUAAAAAAAUGGUAGACAUGGUCUGAAUAUCCUCUGAGUUCAUUUGGGUGACAGCUGUGUGGAGCCAGCAGGCAGCUGCUGGGACAAGGCUGUGAUGCUACUGUGUUCAUCUCUGGAAAGACUACAAAUAAAUAUGGAUUUAAAAA